ACAUUUCGUUAUUUGACAUCGUGUAAGUCAGAUGCUUGUUACCUUUGCGAAUUUGAAUAACUUAUAAAAUAAAAAGACUAUUAUAUAUUGUGCCACGAAAUGGACUACAGUCUACAUUUUUUUCUCGUUGUGUAAUAUUGGAUUCUUAACAGAUUUACUAAGUAGGGCAUUGUUGCAGUUGAUAAUAAAGCCAAUUCAUUCAAUCGACUGUAGCCAUCUAGUGAGCAACGGACAGAGGUCAGCGCAUUAUUAAUGUUAAAGAUCAACCGUUUCUGCAACGUUUGAACAAAGUGCAGUGCUUAGAAUUGUACACAUAGAAAAUAAGCAUCGGAAUCAUCAGAGAAGAUUUAUAGAAGGAAAUAGAUAAAAUGUUGCGCGUUAAACCGUUGGGUCAGCCACCUAAAGUUUGGCAAGUGAUAGAAAAGAAGAAUAAGGACGGGAAGCUAAUGAAAUUCACGAUUCAGGAGAUUCCCGAGGAUCGGUACGAGGACGCGAUUCAACACAUGUGCACAUACUUUUUAGUCGAUGAACCAACUUGUAAAUGUUUCAAUGCAAAAAAUGACCCUCUAUUUAUACAAGAUAUAACUUCGCUAUGGCGUCCAUUAUUCGCAGAAGACAUAUCUGUAGCUGCAUUCAUCGACAAUCCCAAUGGUGGCAAACCCAUAAUCGCCGGUAUGAAUAUUUUGGGCAUCGAGGUUAAAAACAAAAAAAAGAAAUUGCCCGAUUAUCAGUUUAAAUCAGAGAAAUUGAAAAUUAUACAUGAACUUAUAUCUCUAACGAAUAUGGUAUUCGAACGUUACGAAGUUGACAAGUAUAUAACUGCUGCUGGACUUAGCGUCAACCCCGAUUAUCGAGGAUACGGAUUAGGCAAGGAAAUACUAAAAGUCAGAGAUUUAAUCGGAUCUACGUAUGGGGUGCCAGCAACAGCCACUGCGUUCACAUCGAUAAUUUCGCAGAAGUCAGCAACGGGUGCGGGAUUCGAAGAAUUCUUCACAAAAAAUUUCGCUGAUGUAGUGGACAAGGACGGAAAAGAAUGUUAUCCUAAUAUUAAUUCCAAAGCAUACAAAAUCAUGGGUAAACUAUUCAUAUAGUUCAAUAGACGAGCGAUAUUUAUAAAUAAAGAGAUGCAUAAAUUAAAACUUAAUUUGUAAAUUGGAAUAAAUUUAUGCAAAUUACGUAAAAUUUAUCUAAUUCAAACUGGCCAAAAAUAUUCUUCAAUGUUACCGCAAGGCACGCUGAAACGAAUAAAGAAAUUGCUUUAUUA